AUGAGCUGCUGCUCCCCUUGCUGCCAGCCCAGCUGCUGCAGGACCACCUGCUGCACGACCACCUGCUGCCGGCCCAGCUGCUGCACCCCCUGCUGUGCCCCCUGCUGCACCCCCUGCUGCAAGCCUUGCUGUCCCCCACCUUGCUGCUCCCCCUGCUGCAGGCCCAGCUGCUGUGCCCCCUGCUGCUCCCCCUGCUGCAAGCCUUGCUGUCCCCCACCUUGCUGCUGCACCCCCUGCUGUAAGCCUUGCUGCCCCCCACCUUGCUGCACCCCCUGCUGCAAGCCUUGCUGCCCCCCACCUUGCUGCACCCCCUGCUGCAAGCCUUGCUGCCCCCCACCUUGCUGCUCCCCCUGCUGUAAGCCUUGCUGUCCCCCACCUUGCUGCUCCCCCUGCUGCUCCCCCUGCUGCCGCCCCAGCUGCUGCUCCCCCUGUGGCCAGCCUGCCUGCUGUACUCCUGUGUACUGCCACAGAACUUGCUACCAACCCACCUGCUGCCGUCUGGUUGGGUGCCUCCCAGAGAGCCUGGGGCACCCACCGUCCACCCCUGCCACCAUGAGCUGCUGCUCCCCUUGCUGCCAGCCCAGCUGCUGCAGGACCACCUGCUGCCGGCCCAGCUGCUGCACCCCCUGCUGUGCCCCCUGCUGCCAGCCCAGC